AUGCCUUCACAAACUUUAUUGAUUGAUUUUCCAGCGGUUGUCAAAUCUAAAGUAUUGGAAAAACUUGGCGUUUACUCGAUUUUAAAACUACGCAAAGUUUGCUAUAAUCUACGUCAGUUUAUCGAUGAGAGCCCAUUGAAAUUCAACAACUGUGCAAUUAAAGUCAGGACAUUUGGAGAUUGCAUAUCAAUUAUUAUGGAAUCACCUGAAAUAGAUAGUCUUGUUUUCCGUGCAGAUGGAAACCGUUGCACAAUGGAAUGGGAAAAACCUAACGGAGUUCGGAAGAAAGUGAUGGAGAUAGGAAAUUAUAUAGAUGUGUUUUUGAAAGAACUCGGACAGAUUAUGAAGCAUCAAGAACGAGUUCUCGAAGAAUUGACUAAAAUCGGAUGUGUUCAUACCGAUGAAGUGGUUUUUGAUGAAUGUACCGUUGACCAGAUUGCCAAAUUUUUGCCGUUUUUUCACUCCGAUGAUUUGAACAAAAUUCGAAUUGAACUCCCCUACGAAGAGGAUGAGGUGGAUGACUUCCGAAUGUUGAAUUUGCAAGAAAUCAAACAUUUGGAGCAGUGGAAAAACUCAAAAUGUGUGAAACUUAAAGCAUGGGAUUUUUGUGUUCGAAUUCAAGAUUUCUUACAUUUCGAGGAAGUUGAUAUUGAUUGUAAAAUGAUGCCAGUUCAAAAUAUUGUUUUGCUAAAAGAGAGUUUUCUGACAUCUUCAACGUUGACAAGUUUUGAUAUGCUAAUAGACGAUAAUUUCAAUGAAAGAGAGCAACUCCAUGCAUCUUUUGGAAUGCCUUCACUUCCAGUCGAUCAGAGUGAGCCAAAGGAAAAAUGGUUCUUCCGGAUUCCAAAUAAUCGGGAAGUUUUGAGUGUCACUUUUAAUAAGACGGAUCGGUUCAAUUUCCGGAGAAUUGAUAUUCUAGAUGUUGCAAAAGGUGCUGUGAUUAAAUAG